AUGACAAAGGAGGAAGAAGAAGAAUAUAUUCAGGAGCAGCAAGAUGGAAAUCCGAUGAGACAUGGAAAGAAGGUUGCAAGGUACAUCUAGUACGGUCUUAAUUACAUAUGUACAAUAAAUAUCAGAUGUCUUAGUCAUAUUCCUAAAAUAAAACGAAUUUGAGUGUGAAUCAGAGGAAUACUUUGGUGAGUCCAUUGUCCUCUCUCCCCGAUCUCCCACUGUUCCUUUUCUUCUUAUUUUUAUAUAACUUUAGGUCCAGGUCCUUUCAUAUGUAACAUCGAGUCGGAACGGAUUUUUUCUGUUGUUAUUUGGGGGAUGUUGCGUGGAAAUAAAAUUCGUCAUAAAAUUGUUAGGGAAAUUUUUAGUUAAAUAGCUCAAGAAAACCAUUUAAAUCACUUUUAGUUUCUACUCCUACCAUAAUAUAUUAUAUGAGCGUUCAAUACCCGAUUGACGUCAUCGUCGCUCUUUUCGAUCUCAGAGUAACAGUAAGGCGGUAAAAGUAAUUAGAGAUCCAUAAAUCAAGAAAGGAUCCUCCGUUUCGAGUAAAAGUAAUCAAAAUUGUAACGGAAUAUAUUGUAGUUACUUGUAAUUUAUUUCCGAGAUGGUCUUUGAUUUAUGGAGCGCUCUAAUUGCUUUCCCUUUCUGUUCGUUUCGAAUGGAGAUCGGUAUAACAAAGGGUUUAUAUUUUGUUAUAUUAUACCAGGUAAUGACCGAAAAAGGAAAUAAAGUUCAGGGGUCAGCUUACGUUACGGAACGAAUGGUAUUGCGAAACGAGCAAUAUUUUGAUUAUUUUCUAUGAUUUUUGUCCAUUCCGAUAAUUCAAAUUAAAUUUUGAAAUCCUUUUGGACCUAAAACAAUAAAAUGAAAGCUGUUUUGUGGCCGAUCCACUGGCCACAACCGGAAAGUUUAGAGCAGGAGAGAAGAGAGACGUCGCGGCGAUGAUUCACCUCUCUCCAGAAUCCGAACGAAGCGCAUUCCAGUUUAAACAUAUUCCAAUUUGGAUGGAGAACAUGAAAAUAUUUUGGUUUUAUAAAUCUCCCGAUCGCCGCCCCAGCUCUCUAAACGGGCGGAUUUGACGGGUGAAUGAUUGGGGCAGCCAGAAAUGGUCAACAGCCUCCCAUUUCCAUAUGUUUUUUGGCUUACUCUCGAGGCUCUUAGUCAUCGAAUGUAAAGCAAUGAAGUUGAUGGGGAAAGCGGACUGAAUGAGACCUUGAAUUUGGUGGGAAAAGAGCUGGGAUCGGUUUUCAGAUCAGGUAUUAUACUCGGAGUUCGGGAGGACCUGGUUACACUCCAUUUCCACUAUAAUUUUAUUGUUUUAGGUACUAGAUCAAAGAAAGGGUUGAUAAAAUUAGAUAACGAGGGCUUUUUGAUCAAAUUCCUGCCCGAUAGCUUACUCACUCCACAUUUUCGAACUUGCUUAUCAAUUUCCGGACCAGAACUGCAAAAUUCCAGAAAUUCGGUCACGCUGACGGGAAUCACGUCACGCCGAGGCCGAAGAAAUCUUUAUUUCUCACACGAAGUUUUAUAUUUUCUAAUUUUAUUCGCCCAACAUUCCAAGCGUUCCAUGGGAUGUGAAAUUCCACGUAAAUUCGGGCGAUAUCGAUUAUCUCGCGGGCUAUCUGAUCCCUCAACGUAAAUUCCUCGCGGAACGGGAACGAAUUAUGUCGUGUUCCCCGAGGCUCGUUCUAUAUUUAUAUAACAUUUAUUUUUUGUGGGCCCAUUUCCCCGAGUUUUAUAAAAAAUAUUUUCAGAGCGAAGGGAAGGAGAAUAUUUUUUGUUGUUUUGUCGCGUUUUUUUUGUCCGAAAAAACGACUACAACCUCGUUUUAUUUUCGACGCAAAUUAGUCGUUCAUGUCUGAUGUGAAGUGAUUUUUCAGAUUCCACUCAGAUCUUCGGGCGAUGGCUUCGACUUCGCUUGGGAAUGGCCAUCAGAAUUGUGGUAGGUCCUUUUAUUUCAUUAUUUCUUGGGUUUAGCACAAUUAGAAAUGACUCAGAACUCCGGGAAGCUGGUAAUCACUUCUAAAUUAGCUAUUAGUCUGCAUUUUGUUUUUAAGGGUUUAUGUUUUAUCCGAAAACGACCUAAAAUUAUAUUAUUUAUGAGAUCUGGUGCUCACAAAUUGGCCUAUUCCUUUCUAUGGGUUGUUUAAUGAUAGAAAAUCUUUUUAGUCCAUUCUUCGGAGCCCAAUUCGUCUUCGGCAUCGUCGACAUUGAAUCGGCGAGUCCUCAGAAUCCCGGCCUACGCCUUUAUUCUCCCCAAUUUCGACCAGUUUCCAGAUGAUUUCCGUCGAUUUUUGGAGAAAGAAAUGAUUGAGAUCCAUACUCUGAAGAGAUUAGAAGCCUCCGGACAUCUGAACUGGUGGUGUUUACAGAAUGCAAGUCAACGAUUAUGGCCUCUUGUGACUACCGGAGAUGGAAACUGUCUUUUACACGCAGCUUCCUUGGGUAAGGACAUGCAAAAAUUAAUAUAAAUUUUGAUGUUUUAUGAUGUACUUUGUAUUAUAGGUAUCUGGGGAAUCCAUGACCGUCAACUGAAUCUUCGUCAGGCUUUAUAUGAUGUCCUCACUCAAGAUAACCGAAGAAAUUCUUUUUAUCGAAGAUGGAGAUGGCAUGAGAGCAAGACGAACCUUCAAUCUGAACUUGUUCUCAACGAAGAUGAGUGGGAGAAGGAGUGGAAGAGUGUGAUUGAUCUUGCUUCAGCCACUCCUCGGCCAAAUACGUAAGUAUUUUACUAUUUUAUUCCGUCUUUAGGUAGUAUAAGAUAUGAAAUUGGUCAAACGGGAGUUAAAAUUGGUGUUUUAAUAUUUGGUUUUAGUGAUGUUGAUGGCAAUAACUCCAAUGAGCAAGUUUAUGAGAGUUUGGAGGCGAUCCACGUCUUCGCUUUGGCUCAAGUCCUGAGGCGGCCAAUUAUUGUGGUUGCGGACACGGUUUUGAGGAAUGCGAAUGGAGAAGAAUUGGCUCCUAUUCCUUUCGGUGGUGUUUAUUUGCCCUUAGAGUUCAGCCCGGAUCAAUGUCAUAGGUGAGAACAGCUCUAUUUGUGUUUAUAUUGUACUUGAUGACCUUAUCCAUGUGAUCUUCAGAGGGCCUCUGGUUUUGUGUUAUGAUGCUUCCCAUUUCUCGGCGCUGGUGGCAAUGCGACAAUCUAAUUCAAACUACCUGCAAAGUAAAUGAUUGCUUAGGUCGCUUAAUUUUUUUAUAUGUUCUUUUGUUAAUUUAAUUUAUUUUUUUCAGCGGUCCCCAUCAUCGAUAGAUUCCGGAAUUUGCUGCCAGUUCAUUUCUCGGCUGAUCCAGGCCCGGAAUUUACUUGGUAAUUAUAUUUUUUUAUGUUUUAUGUUGGUUUAGGUGGAGAGAUGGGAAAGAUCAGGAGAUUGCCAUGAAAUUGGAGGCCGAACAGUCGGACGAUCGUAUGUUGGAACUGAUGGGUACUUAUAUGGAUAUUGUGAAGAUGGAUUUGAGAAGAGGAAGCAUCAAGAAGUCGCUUCCUUUCGUUGGAGAAACCGAAUUUGCUCCUUCAGUCCCUCUAAAAUUAAUGGCCAUAGCCUCGGGCAAGAAUGACAGCCAUCGUCAUCGUUUCUUCAACGAAUUAAGACAGCAUUUCCGAUGGUUGACAAGGAAAUCGAAGAGGAAGUCGUCCAAGGCAAGAUUCUCAGCUACAGAACUCCGUCAAUCCAAUUGUGUGCUGGCUGUUUUAUUGCAUAAUUACUCCCAUCAAUAUAUCGAAAAGAUGUUCGAGAACUAUUUGGUGGGUGUUAGAGAGAGAUACGAGAGGUAUCAGAAGGUGCCCUCGAGUGUUUCCAUCCCCAAGAACAGACUCAGCAGGUCUUUUUCAUCUUCCUCCGUCCAUUUGAGCUGCCUCAACUGUAAAAGAGUGAGUUUAUUGGAAGUGUAAUAUGAGUUUUAUACCGUAGAAGUCUCGAAAGCGUGUUUUGAUAACUUAUUUUCCUGUUUUAUUGUCUAAUCUGGGAGUAUUUUGAAUUUUUAAAUGGCUUUGUUUUGCAGCACACUGCUUCCCUGUCCACGACUUUCCUUUGUUCCAAUUGUUUUGAGGAUCAGAAGAGAGAGAUGGCGUCGUUGGGAUCGUCCUCAUCCCCCCAAUCACAGUCUUCGACCGGUAAUUCUUCGUUUGAGAGAUGCUCUCAUUCCGAUUCGGCCUACUGUUCCAAAUCAUCAACGAUGCCAGCACUCUCGGAUAACCUGGAGGAACUAAACAUUAAAAUGAAAGACCGCUUUGACUUUGAUGAUAGUUAUCAGACCGCCCAGAUGUCUCCCAGAAGCCCUCGGGCAAUGGUUCAACCGCGAAGUCCUAGAAGUCCCAUUCACAGAGGAGAGGCACCAUUCAAGGUGAACGUGACUGUAAAGGAGUAUGGAGAUUAUGGAAGAGGCUUUCACAACUCGGAUUACGGUCAUCACACUCCCCAGUCUGCUCACUCAGUAGUCCGUCAUAGGCCCAGAGAAUACGAUGACUCCAUAUAUUACACUCCAAGGAAUGACCCCUAUCCCAAGUUCAACUACAGUAAUCAGACGGACAAUGUUCUGAUAAAUCGGAUGAAUGACAUCUCCAUCAAUUCGAGACCCCGGCCCACCAACUUUGAUGGCCGAUACACUCUGAAUGGGCCGAGAGAGCAUUCCAUCGACCGAACUCCCGUCUUUUCACCCGUCCAGAGAUUUGUCUCGGUCAGUCCGAACACUCCGUUGGCCCCAGGAAGAGGAAUCUACGGUCAGAAUGAAGUGUUGACCCAGAAUUAGGACAUCCAGAUCAACGUUUGUAAAGGUGAGUUGAAAUGAGUUAAAAUUGAAAAUAAAGGGACGCCAGUACGGUUCUUCCAAAGUUGUAGUUUUUUCCUCAAGAUGAUGUUUAGGAUGACGUGGAGACGAUCUCUUCUUUGAACACUUCCCUUUCUUUUACCUUUCGCAGAACUUAAAACAAAAUAUAAAGAACAGAAUCGGGCCCAUUUAAGUGUAAAAUGCUAAUAUCCGAUAUUCUAGAAGCCAGUCCCCCAUCCCUCACACUGCCCCGACCUUCUCCAUAA